UUGCCGAUAAGUGAAGUGUCACGAACUGUCAUUUUCGAUAAGCAAAAUGUCGAUGGUGGAUUUAAAUUCCUCCUAAAUCAAGUGAUACCACCAGUUGAGGCCGUCCCCAAUUACUCGUAGAAUCGUUAUUAAUCGUUGUGUUCGACAACAGAAGGAUGGCAUUCAGACAGCUAACGGAGGCCAACUGUGGCCAGGCCAACCCCCUUCACAAGCUGACCACCCAUUUAACAAGAGAUCAUGCCCUCGCUGAGACCCACGGCCAGCCAUUUCCAAGCAGCUCGGAUCAACUGGUCGAGCAGUUCCUGCAGGAGACCAGGAUGGCCCCACAGACAUUCCGGAUGGAUGAUUUGAUGAGGGAAAUGCACGAGAUUGAGUCGCAGAGGGCUUCACUGCCACCGGUGCCUGCUUCAACAGUGAAGGAUCAUUUGAAUGAUGAUGUUUGGGCGUUGCAAUAUAUUGAGGAUGGAAAACAUUUUCACGUGAACGAGAACGAGGAUAUUUGGUCGGAGAUAGCGGCUCAAGAGCACAACACGCAUCAGUCGCUGCAGCAGGAUUCAAUAUGGGCGGAGGAAUUCCGGCAGGAUACGGGGGAAGCGGUCGCCGUCCAGGCGAGCGCAAAUGAACUCUUGGAUAACUUGGAUGACCCACAAUUCCAAUAUUCUAAAUUCAUGAAGUUCAUGAAGCAAGUGGGAGAUGGCGAAGCCACGAUUCAAGACGGCGAGGUUUCUGUGAACGAUGAAGCUGUCGAAUGGGGUGAUGAAUAUGUAAAUAAUUUGAGGACGAUGAACAAGGAGGAGACGGCGGAAUCGAUGGCCGAUGAUUACGUCGCGUCAAACAAUGGGGAAUACAAUUCAAAGUUCUGGGAUCGUCUGCAGGACGAGUGGAAGAAGCUUGCAGAUACUGAGGAGACGGCGGAUCAUCCGUGGAUCUCCGAUUUCAACGAUUAUUACGACACGUACAAGGAGUACAACUUUACGGAGGAGAAUCCGAUGUUCGAUAUCCUGGAUCCGCUGUCCAGGGGGAAGGAUAUGCUGAGUAAAGGUGAUCUUCCUAGUGCUGUCCUCUGUUUCGAGGCGGCCGUGAAGAAGGAGCCGGAAAAUGCGGAGGCGUGGCAGCUGUUGGGCACCACCCAAGCCGAAAACGAACAGGAUCCGAACGCGAUUUGCGCGCUGAAGAGGUGCGUCGAGUUGCAGCCGGAGAAUCUGACCGCCUUGAUGGGAUUGGCGGUCAGUUACACGAACGAGAGCUACCCGAGGCAGGCGUGUCAGAGCCUCGUCAACUGGAUGCAGAGGAACCCGCAGUACGCGUCGCUCGUGCCGCCGGACUUCGAUCUUUCCGGGCAAGUUUCAAGUUUAAUAGAUCAAGCGCAUCACAAGGUGGUGCAGGACAUGUUCAUAAGGGCGGCGCAGUUGAAGCCGCAGGACGUGGAUUACGAGAUCCAGUGCGGAUUGGGCGUUCUCUUCAAUUUGUCCGGAGAGUACGAUAAGGCUGCCGACUGCUUCAGGGCAGCGCUCAGCGUCAAAUCAGAUGAUGCUAAACUAUGGAAUCGCCUAGGAGCGACGCUGGCAAACGGUAGCAAUCCCGAGCAGGCCGUGGACGCGUACCACAGGGCUCUGAAUCUGGAGCCCGGUUUCAUAAGGGCCCGCUACAACGUCGGCAUCACCUGCAUCAAUCUGAGCGCCUACAAGGAGGCGGCCGAGCAUUUCCUGCUUGCCCUCAAUCAGCAGGCCCGCGGCAAGGACGUGAAGAACGUCGGUGGUCUGUCUCAGAUGUCCGAGACCAUUUGGUCCACUCUGAGGAUGUGCAUCUCGCUGAUGAACAGGUCCGAUCUGAGGCCGGCCCUGGACAAUCGCGACCUGGACGCCCUCAACAAGGCCCUCGACAUCCACGAGAGCUGAGAUCGUUCAACAUCCAACCCCGACCCUUCCUGCAUCUACGUUUAAGGACAAAAAAAAAACAACAAUAAUAAUUAUAAUACAAUAUGGAAUCACGUACGUACACACACACACACAUAC